AUGAUGUUCCUUGCAGUCCUGGCUGUGACUCUGGGCCUUGUAGUCGCCUCUCCAGUACCAGCUACACCGGGCCACGCUAAUGCAUCGCACAAAGAUGAACCCUCGAAGGUGGAAGAACCUCACAAACCGUUUGCAGGUGGCGCCGACAUGAACGAGAUGAUGAAGGAAUUUAACCAACUGAUCGAGAAGUUUAAGCUGAAGAAAGACGCCGGAGAGGACACAGACAAUAACACCAAGUCCUCCUUCUAUGAUGCGAUUAUGGCAUCACUGAAAAACUGGCAAAACAGUAAACAGCCGCUGCUCCCCGGGUGGAACUAUGAAGAGCCCCGACUCCCAAACUGGAAAUCUGAUGAGCCGCUGAUCCCCAGAAGUAAAUUAGCUGGGCCGCUGAUCCGCGGGUGGAACUAUGAAGAGCCCCGACUCCUAAGCUGGAAAUCUGAUGAGCCGCUGCUCCCCGGAAGUGGAUUUGCUGAGCCGCUGAUUCCCAGGAGGGAAUUUGCUAAGCCGCUGCUCUCCCGUGAAGAUUCCGAUGAGCCGCUCCUCUCCCGUGAAGAUUCUGAUGAGCCGCUGAUCCCUGAUUGGCUGUUUGGAGAGAGAAACUAA